AAAACGUCCACCAAGCCGCUAUAGAAAGAAAUACGUGAAUAUUAUCGAAGUCAGAGCUUGACGUGUGAAGUCCCUUUGUGCCGGUCGUGCGUCAUCGUUCAAAUGUAUUGUCGAUGACCCCACUUGAGCAAAGCGGCUGAAUCUUGAGCAGCUGCUGAUCGGUUCGUGUCGUUCUUUUCUUUCCCUCAGCAGCAACCCCUUAUCUGCUGCAUGUAAGGGGUAACUCUUGAGUCAAAUCCUGACAGACAAACUCACCCUGACAGAAUCCUGCUCUGGCAUGCUGGCAGUCUCUUGCGGUUCAGAGUAACAAGUCCGCCGCGGUCAGCGUCAAGAGUCAAGCAUACCAGCAGCAUUGCAACAAGAAGAUUACAUCAUAUGCGGAGUUUCAUGGAGCACAAUGUCAGGGUCUGCGAGGGUGAUGGCUCGCUCUGGGGACGCGAAGGUGACGCAAAGGGUCGAGAAGCAUGUUGACGGCACAGCGGGGCGGACUGCUGAUGGUGGCGGCAAAUUCAAGACCGCAGAUGGAAACAAGAAGGAAAAACGACGAAAGGAAAAGUAUUCAGCCGCACGUGCAGCAGAACUGCGAAGUAAGCUAACUGUUCAUGCUCUUGUGAAGAAGAUUACAGCAGAUAAACAAGAAACCGCUGUGACGACGGUGGAAUCUCAGAUUGCAGAUACUCCUGUCGCUGUUGCGCGUAACUCUGGUUCUGUCUCUGAAACGGUGAAGUCUUAUCUUAAUGAUAAGACUCAGGAUCCCUUCGAUGAGAUCAGUAGCUACAGGUCGACUGAGCGGCAAGGGGAUUCGCCGGCUGAUACCAGCGCUCCCGAUGAACAGGACAGCUACCAUCGUAGCAUCUCUGCCACUUCCCCAAAGAAGAGGCACAUGGGUGAUGCGUCUUUUUUCCCCGAAGAUGUGCGAGGAAUGAAUGUAUCUCCCUGUAGCGGCGUGUCUUCGCGUGGUGCGAAGACGUGCAUCCAAGACGAAUGUUUUGGAUCUGACGAUGACUUCAUUGAGUCAAGAAAGGAGGCCGACGAUUCAGUGUAUGGAGAAGAAAACUGGUCGCGAUCGUCACCAGAGUCGGGUGUGAGCAGAGUGAAACUUGUCAUGUUUGAUUUCGAGGAGUGCGACCCUAAAAGAUGUAGCGGGCGAAAGUUAUAUCGACACAGACGAAUUCGUCUUAUCAAAGUGCCCCACGCACGAGCACCAAUGCGCGGUGGCUCACGAUUUACCGGAGGCCGAGCGGCCGGCGGAGGCGGCGGUGGAACAUAUGAACGAGUUCCAGAGGGGGGACGUCGGCAUAAGCUGGCCGUGGACAAGGGUGAGACCCCACGCGGCAAAACCACAGGAGGCAAGGAAGGCGUCAGCCCCGUGUGUGAAGAGGGUGAGCCUUCCGAGUGCCAAGGCACCCGUGCGGCUUCUGACGAGAUACACAGCCUGCCUCGGCACUUGGAACAUGGAGAUGCUCCAACCGCCUCUGAGACCAGGACCAAACAACACGACGCCUGUCACCCGAAUGCACAGAAUGGAAAACGGCGCGGCCGAAAAUGUGGCUUCGGAGGCAUCCUGCUUACGCCUUUCUUUAAAGAACAUAGCAAGCUCCUGAGUGUGGCGGACGGCCCGCUAAUACGAGACGGCGGCCUCGGUGUUGUAGACUGCAGCUGGAACAGAGUAGAGGAAUACGGCAAAAGUUCGAGGAUCAGCUAUUCACGCGGAAACGGACGGUUUCUUCCGUAUCUGGUGGCGGCUAAUCCGACGCACUACGGCAGACCCUACGAGCUGAACUGCGUAGAGGCUCUCGCGGCGGCGUUGAUUAUUGUCGGGUGUGACAAUCAGGCGUUAGAUUUGCUCAAGCUUUUCAAGUGGGGAAUGAACUUCAUUUCUUUAAACGAAGCCGCUUUGAAGCAGUACAGAAUGUAUGGCGUCGAUGAACACUCAAUGGUGCAGACCGAACAAAAAAUACUACAGUCCGUAGAAAGACAACGACAAACAGGAAAACACACGCCCCUGCCGAUGCCAGGAACAUACGAUGGGUCAUCCAGUUCGAGCGAAGCAUCAGACUGUGAUGACGACACGGUUACGACCACUUUAAACUCCGAUACAGCUGCCUUGUCUUCUGGCGGCCAGGCGAGCCGCGGCACAGUUGCCAUUGAAAGGUAAAGCGAAGCUGGCUGACACCUCUACAUGGCUGGACGUCAGCAACCGCCAGAUCUACUCGCCCGGUGCUCGCGGGUCCUGCGUCCCACUUUAUCUUUGUUAUAUACUCGUCAAGCCUACCA